CUUAUUGUUCCUCCUCCUCGGCGCCUGUAAAUGCUUUAGAUGAUGGCUGUCUAAUGCACAUAUUCGCCCUUCUCUCUCCUAUUCCAGAGAAACUUUGUUAUAGGUUUCGUUGGAAGGUUCAAGAAUCCUUCUUCUAGAUUUAGGGAUGCAUCAAUCACCGCCCUUCAAAAUAACUCAUCCUCGAGUUAUCGACUACGGACCUUCAUAUUUCCAAUUUUGUCUCUUUCAAUUGCUCCUUUGGUAGCUACGUGUCUUCAGAUUCAAGUUUGUCUUUCCACUGCACUACUUAUUGAGUGAGUUAUCCUUUACUGAUCAUUAUAUUUCGGGUAUAAAUGGUGUUAAGAAUGCAUUCAUUCUCUUCCAUAUGUAUAUUGUCUCAGACCUUGUCCCAUUUGAUAGCAUAAGCUUCUCCAUGAUAUUUGAAUAAAUCUGUAAUGCUGAAUGCACUCAUUCUCCUCCAUAGGUAUAUUGUCUCAGACCUUGUCCCAAUUGAUAGCAUAAGCUUCUCCAUGAUAUUUGAAAAAGUCUAUAAUGCUGAAAACUGGGCUGAUCACUAUUCCUUUAGGUAACUCGAGGCGAUAGGCAUUUGCCCUAAUGUGUUUCAAGAUUGAACACGGUCCUAUCUUCUGGUGUUUGUUUUUAUGAUAUUUUCCCAUUGGGAACCUUUCUCGACGGAGGUGUACUACAACCGGAUUCCCUUGAUUAAACUCCUUUGUGACAACUUUUGUUAGCAGCAGCCUUAUAUUGUUCAUAUGCCUCAGCUAACUUACAAUGAACAUUGUCAUCGACUUCAAAUGGCCAGUCAGAUCAACGCCAUUUGCACUAAAACGCCUAAGGUUUGAUAUCGGUAUCACAUCCAAAAUGUGCAAUGGCGUUCACCCAUUUGCAAUUUCAAAUGGUGUUUUGUCCGUUGAACGAUAAUUUGAAGUGCUGUAGGCGAACUCAACUUGUGCAAGCACAAAAUCCCAUGACCCUGGUCGAUCUCCUGCAAGACUUCGAAGGAGAUUUCCUAAGGUUCUAUUGAUGACCUCUAUUGCCCAUAAGUUUGUGGGUGAUAGGCGCUACUGAAUUGUAAUUGAGUGCCUAUGAGUUGCCAUAAUGUUCUCCAAAAGUGGCUAACAAACCGUGUGUCCCUAUGAAGACUCAUGACUUCCCGAAAGAAUAAGAAAGGAAGUCCGAGUAGCAUCUGUUACAUUUUUACAGGGUAUGAAGUGGGCCAUCUUAGAAAAACGAUCAACAACUAAUAUAGAAUCCAGGUUUUGCCUUGUUCUUGAAAGUCCCAUACCACAAAGUCUAGAUUAACAUUCACCCAAGGUUUUGUAGGGAUGGGUAGUGGGGUGUAUAAACCAAAAUUUUGUGUGCAUCCUUUUGCACACUAACAGAUCCCACAUCUUUCAACAAAUCUUCCAAAAUUGAACUCUCUCUUGCCCUCAUCCUCCUCUCUCUCGCCCUCCUCUCCCUCCUCACAGAUGUUGGAACGACAUCUACAAUCUCUACCCCAGAACCUCCUCACCCUCUCCGCCUCUCCUUCCUUUUUCUAGAUCCUUGCCCUCUACCUCGCAUCCUUCCUCCCAUCCCUCUUCUCAGCCCUCCUAUUCUCAGGUGGCUGCCUUCCCCAAGCCUGUCUCUGAUCCCAGCACCCCCCCUCAGCCUCUUCAACGGCAGCGGCAACUUUCACUUGCAGCAACCACUAGGUCUCCUUUUCUCCCUUUCUGCAUCUCCAUCCCUCCAGUUGAGACUUCGAAGUCUAAGCCCAAGCUCCUCGUGGCCCUUGUUGGUUCGUUCCAGCCUGGGCGACACAACAUUAGAGGGAUUGAAAGAGCAGCUAAAAAACACUGGGGGGAUUCAAAUAUCGCCUGUAAUCUCCUUGCUAAAGGCGAUAUUCUGUUCUCCUUCCCUUCCUCGAAUCUUGCCCAGCUUGCUCUAAAGAAUUCCAAUUCUUUCUCUUUCCAUGGAGCCCGCUGUCUCCUAAGGGCCUGGUCACCUUCAGAGGGGUCUGUUUGUAAACAAAGGGUGUGGAUCACCUUCAGCCGCAUUCCCUUUUAGUGUGGUCCCCUGUCACAUUCUGGGGACCUGCGAGUGCCUGUGGUUCCCUCAUUUCGAUCCACUGAAUUUCAAUUGAAACCCUUCUACUAGGUUCAAUUCAAGUUCUGGUGGAAGUUUCAGACCCCUGUCUUAUCCCCAAAACUCUGUGGAUUGAGAUUGACGACCUUUACUUUCCUAUCCCGACUUCUUGGUCUUGGGCCUCUCCUCCCUCUCCCCACUUCCUUCACCAAGUUGCUCCCGUAACAGUACAGGAUAAGCAGUCUGCUUGCUGGACUUUGGUUUCCAAGAAGGAGCGGCUGAGAAGAAGAUGACGAAAGCCUCCUGAUCCGUCUGCCACCAGGAUCCGCCAUUGAGACCUCUUGCCCUUCCCGUCUUCAACCCAGCCGUUUCAGUCGCCACCUCAUUCUGACCCGCCAUGUCGCAACCAGGCUCCCACUGGCCCGUCCACACUCGCCUCACUUACUCUUUCCCACCGACCCGAUAAGGAGGCCCGCAACGAUCUCCUCCCUCUUUCUCUCCCUCCUGGCCCGUUUUCCGACUUGGGCCCUUCUUCCUUCUCGCGUCCCUUCAACUCCCGUCCACCUGUCAGCUCCCUACCGCUCCCCAAGCCACGUGUCGUGCGCGGCCUUUACCUAUCUCCCGACACUGCCUGACCUUACCUGCACGGAGUCGACUUCUCUUGCCCACUUGUCCACCAUGCUCCUCUUUCUCAUCCUCGAUCGCCCCCCGGCCACCUUUUUCCACCUUCGCUCCCCUCGAUCGUAGCUCCUUGCCACUCGUCACCCUCUUGUGCCCCUGCAGACCAUCAGUCACCAAAGCCGUCUUCGCCACCCUUUUUCUCUGGCGAAAUGUCUCCUCCCUCCUUCCCUCCCCUCGUUCCUUUGCCAUCCCCGCCUCAUUCUCUUGGCUUGUCCAACAAGAUACCUGAGGAUCUUUGCCCCCCAUCCUUUUUCAGGAGUCAAGGAAUAAGGGCUCAUCGCCGACGCUGCCUUCCUCACCUCCUUCUUCCUUGGUCUUGCCCCAUCUUCGCCCUCUUCUCUCCAUCACCUACCACCCCCUCUGCCUCUUUGACAUCCUCGCACCGUCCCUUUUUCCUUUGCUGCCUUCUGGCAACCCUUUCCCUCUCUCUAUGGACAGUAACCGUCUCCCCCAAGGCAUCGUGACCACCCAGUCUUGGGACCUUUCUCCCCCGGACCCUAACUACAUUUCCUCCAUGUUGACUCCUUACCUUUCCUACACUCCUCACCUGGUCUGCUUCACCAAGGUUAACUCCCUCCAUUUCACUUGGCCAUCUUCCCACCCCUCUCUCCUCACUACCCUCUCCUCUGUUCAGAUGUUUACCCAUCUCCCUUCUUUCAUUUCGCCUCCCCCCCUCGUUCAGCUCUCAGAGUACCCUUUAGCUUACAAUUGGCCCUAUGUAUCCCCUUCCAUUUACUAGGAGUCCUCCCCUCCGUUGUAUCCGCCUUUUGUUACCUAGCCACCUUCACUCUCCAACCCCCUUUCCAGUCGGGAACCCCUCUUCUCCACUCUUACCCUUGCGCCUGAGCCUCUCCCUGCGCGCCCCUCUCCCCCCGUGUCUGUGCCUUCACCUGAGCCCCUCCAUUCUUUACCCCCUAACCUCUACCCCCUUUCAGUCCUAACAGGCAGUCGGCUCCUAUUGCUGACCUCCCUGAUAAUCUUAGUCAGCCAUCUAACCCUCCCACACCCCCUUGCAUUGGGGAGGGGGAAGCAGAAGAUGCAAGGGACACUAACAUCGAUGAAAAAAUGAAGGAAAUGUAUAGGAUCAUGGGAUUCCACCACGACGGACCGGCCCCACAAGUUUCUUACUGCCGAUGGACAAAGCAGGGUCAAGGUGAGAUCCAAAGGACAGAGAGAACUCAUCAGCCUUUUCUCUUUACCCUCUUUUCAGGACAAGCCUCUCCAGGAUCCCCCUCUCGCUAUUUUAACUUCUUGCCCCAGGAGGUCUUCCAAGUUGGCCUCCUCCCCCCCUCUCCCUCUAUAUCAUGAAGCUCAUCACUUGGAAUAUUAGGGGAUUUGGUCAACAGUCCAAAAAGAAUGCCGUCAAAGAUCUUUCUCUCAAACAUUCUCCCACCAUCUUAGCCCUUGUCGAAACCAAACUACCAGAGCCCACUGUGCAGCUCAUUCGCCAAAUUUGGGGCAAGAAGCCUACCCAGUGGGUUGCUCUACUGGCGAAUGGAGCUUCGGGAGGCAUCUGGGUUUUAUGGAAUCCGUUGGAACACACCCUUAUCUCCUCUUUUUUGGGGGAAUUCUUUGUGACCAUCCUCCUUUCUAGCAUCCCUGACGGGUUCCCUUGGAAAUUCACUGCUGUCUAUGGGCCCAACUCUUCCUCGCUCAGACACAAUUUCUGGUCUGAACUACAUCAUGUUGCAGCUCUCCCACACCCUUCGUGGGUUUUGGGAGGAGACUUUAACGUGACAAGAUGGUCCUAUGAGCAUAACGUUUCUUACUCCAUAAACCAGGACAUGAGGGACUUUGCUGAUUUCAUUGCUAGAAAUAAACUCAUUGAUACCGCUCUCCGAGGCAGUUGCUUUACUUGUUCUAACCACUCCCCAAAUCCCUCCCUUUCAAAAUUGGACCGUGUCCUCUUCUCUACUAACUGGGAGGAAUCUUUCCUGGGUUCCCUUGCCUUGGCCUUACCCAAACCUACCUCUGACCACUGCCCUAUCUUGUUGGAUACCAAUGCUGUUCACAGAGGACCUAAACCUUUCAGGUUCGAACUAGCCUGGCUAGAAGAGGCUUCCCUUCUUUCUCUGCUACCCACUUGUUGGGCUUCCUUUUCACCUCCGGUUAGGGCUAGAGCAGGCUACAGACUUCAGACUAAACAUCAGCUUCUCAAAGCCUCCCUCAAAACUUGGAGUAAGUCAUUGCCUGGCAAUUUUUCCCAUACUAAAUCUCUUCGCCUUGACCCCAUUCAACGCCUUGACCAUCUAGAAGAAACCAGAGCUUUGGAUACUUAGGAACUUAACGUCAAAAUCCAAACCAAACUUGAUUACCUAUCCACCCUGAAAAAAGAAGAAAUCUACUGGUUCCAGAGAUCGAGGAUCAAGUGGUUAAAAGUGGGAGACCUUAACACCAGUUUCUUCCACCGAAUAGCCAACUGUCGCAAAAGGGACAACUCCAUCUCGAUGCUCAGAGUUAACAACAGGUUUUGGUCCAACCAGUAGAUAUUGCGUAGGCCAUUAUUGGGUUCUUCCAAAACCUUUACACUGCCCCUGCUGGCCCAAGGCCAAGAAUGGCUGACCUAGAUUUCUUGCUCGUCCUUGAAGAUUUAGCAGCCUCGUUAGAGCUACCCUUCUCCGAGAUUGAAAUCCUUCAUGCCAUCAAAGCCCUUGGCCCAGACGGUUUCCUGAUCGCACCCUUCAAAACCUUCUGGAACACUUUCCAUUCUGACUUCUUUGUUUUUUUCGAGGAGUUCUUCCAAAGGGGUAUUAUCCAUAAAGCCAUUAAUGCCAC